UCAUCAAAUUAAAUCCACUUGAAAUGGAGAAAGCAAACACUAAGUCUGCUUUGAAGUUUGUGAAGAAUACCUCACGGUCUGCUGCUGAAUGGAGCAAUGCAAACUCUAGGGGAAUGACAAUGGGUGUUUCACAGACAAAAGAACUCAAAGAGAAGCUCCACGAGAGGAACAAGCAGGCUUCAAGGAAAUCUCCUCCCAGAGAAAAUACAAAACCACAAGAGUUCAAACUCCAUACCCAAGAAAGAGCUGUUAAACGUGCCAUGUUUAACUAUGCAGUCACCACAAAGUUCUAUCUCAUGGAGAUCCAAAAGAAACGAGAGGAGAAGUUGCUGAAGAUGAUUGAAGAGGAAGAGGUUCGUUUGAUGAGGAAGGAGAUGGUCCCAAGAGCUCAAUUGAUGCCAUAUUUUGAUAGGCCAUUCUUGCCUCAAAGAUCAAGCAGGCCAUUGACAAUUCCAAGAGAGCCAAGCUUCCUGAGCAAGAGAUGGAGCUGCGAGCCAGGAUAUGAGUUCUACAACUUGUUUCAUCAUCCGGCUCUGAUGAUGAAGCCCGUGAAGUAGAAACGAACUUUUUGAGAUAUUGUGGGUGGGUGUGAAUUGAAAGCGACCAUGUAAAAUGUACUUUUGUGUUCCUUGCUUGUUGUAUUCAAUCGCAUCAUGUUGUACACUACUAGUCCCACGUAGACAGAAUUUUGUACCAUACCAUGCCAUCAUCACCAACUAGGUCCACUACUCCUGCACUUUGUUUUAGGUGAAGUGAAGACGCCUUUCAUGGUUUCAUUGUAUCAAUCCAAUAAAAGAUUGCUUUGUGCUUUUGAUGACUU